AUGGCCAGCGUGGCCGUCGUGAGCGCGGGCGCGUGCAUGGGAAGUCGGGCAGCAGGGCCGGCGCCAGGGUCCCCGAGAAAGGUGGAUCCGGUGGCCGGGGCAGCAGCAGCGCCCUGGGGCAGCCACGCGCCGGGGGAGGCAUCCUGCGCGGCAGCGCGCGCGGCAGCGAGGAAGGCAGCGGCCCGCACGGGGUCCCUGGGCGCGACGACCUGCGCGGCGUACGCGGCGGGCGCGACGGGGGAAUCCCUGCCGCAGCAGCGGCUGCAGCGCCCACCGCGCGCUGCAGGGCAGCAGUGGCGGCGGGCGUCCCCGGCCCCCGCGCCCCCCGCGCGCCGCAGGGCUUCAGCAGCGGUGGCGUCUGUGGCGGGAUCCGACAGUGGGGCCAGGACGAGCGCGGCAGAGGAGGCGGUAGCCGGCACAGCGGGUCUGGCGGUGGCUGUAGAGGCCCCCGCGUCCGCGGCCGCGACAAAGGCGGCGGCAGGAGGGCGCCAGGCGGCGGUGCCAGCACGGGAAGGAGCGGCCGGCCAGGCAGUGGCCGACCAGGCGGCGGAAACAAAGGAAGGAGACCAGGCGGCGGCCGCUGCAGAGGGGCCGGCGGGCACCGGCGGCUAG